UUAUAAAUACCCUACUACCAAACACCUUCUCUCAUUCACAUUUCAAAUAAUGAAUAUGCAACAUGAACAACUUGAUGAUCUAGGGUUUUGCCCUAGCUUCAGCUGCUAUUCUUCCAACACUCUAGCCUCCACUGCCGCCACUAGAAUCAGCAACCAGUUACAACAACAACAACAACAACAACAACAACAAUCGGCCGCCGAUGAGGAAUUUGAAUUCUCAUUUGACCUCGGAGAGAAUUGUUUACCGAUUCAAAAUGAGGUAGGUCAUGAACCUGUUGUUGAAGAAGCAAUCGCUUGCUCGGAAACUGCUUCUUCGUCGUCGGAAUCCGAUGGUGAAUCUCCGGCAGUGUUUUGUGUGUGGAGGAAUAGAACGGAUGCCGGAGCAUCUCCUCUUAGUAAAUGUAAAAAAAGCGGUUCUACUGGAUCUGGAUCGAGACGGUGGAGAAUUAGCGAUUUACUACGGCGGAGUAAUAGUGAAGGGUUGUUGAGUCAGAAGAAGGUGGAGGCUGCUAAACGGAAAGGUAGUUCCAGUGAAGUUACGGUGGUUGGUGGAAGAGUGAAACCGUCGAUUCAUGAGUUGUUGUAUGUGCAACGAGGUAAAGGAGAAGGUGGGAGGAGGAAAUCGUAUUUGCCGUACCGGCAAGGGUUGGUAGGGUUUUUUUCCAAUGUCAACGGGUCGGGUAAAAAGUUGUAAUGCAACAUUGAAUUAUCCGAUACAACCCAAUUUUGUUUUUUCAAUAGUUUAUUAUUUGCAAGACAUCAUACAUAUUAUUAUUGUAAAAAUAUACUCCCAAGUCUCAGACUUUUCUCUCAUUGAAUGUUUCUUUAACGAUAAAACUCAAACGAGGCUAUUACUAGUUCAA